AUGGAAACAAUUCAGCAAAACCACAAGUUGAAAAUCUACAGCAAGCCGCCAAAGGACAAGAUUGGGCCACUGCAGUCUGCAUUUGUCCUGUGUGUGUUUGCCAUGACUCUCCUGGCUCCGGCUGGAUGGAUUAUGCAUCACAUCCCAGAAUAUCGGCAGAGAUCACCUCCACGACCCUGA